GUCCCGCUCGCUGUGUUCCGUUUCCGCCAUAUCAUGCAACCGGUUCCCCCCCUCCUGCGCACGCUGCGGGCUGGGAAGCAUCAUGGCGGGGUCUUGGUGGAUGUGCUGCCGGAGGUUGAAAGGGGGCUUUACGACCUCCGGUUUAACCGAAACGCUGCGGUGUUUUAGCGGACAGUCCGCGUACUCCUCUGCAUCCCCUACGGCUAGGCCGUCCUGGAGCUCCGCACCGGGGAAGGAGAGGCCACUGUUUCCUGCACAAAUCCACUCCAAAGCUCUUAACCUGAAUCCCUCUUUACUCAGACACCGCUCUAGUUCGCUGUAUCCGACGCUACGGUAUUGCGGCUGCAGGACGAUGCACAGCGACGCAAAGCUGAGGGACCCUUUUACGUUAGCGCAGAAAGACCUGACGAGUUUAUAUGACGACAUUAAAAAGGAACUGUUUGUGGCUAAAACUGAGCUAAAGUACCUCUGCGAUUACUAUUUUGAUGGUCGGGGCAAAGCGAUCCGACCGAUCAUUGUCAUCCUGAUGGCUCGGGCCAUGAACAUCCACAGCAACAGAGCCGGGGAUCUGCUCCCGGGUCAAAGGACGAUAGCGAUGAUUUCUGAAAUGAUUCACACCGCCAGCCUGGUGCACGACGACGUGAUCGACGGAUCCGAUGAGCGAAGGGGGAAGAAGUCGAUCAACGACGUGUGGGGGGAAAGAAAGGCCAUCUUAGCCGGGGACUUCAUCCUCUCAGCAGCCACCAUGGCACUGGCUCGCAUCGGGAACAGCGCCGUGGUGAAGGUCGUCUCCCAGGUCAUCGAGGAUCUGGUGCGAGGCGAGUUCAUGCAGCUCGGCUCCAAGGAGAACGAGAAUGAGCGAUUCAAACACUACCUGGAGAAAACCUACAAGAAGACGGCGAGUCUGAUGGCACACAGCUGUAAAGCAGUUUCCAUUCUGGUGAACUCUGACCCGGAAGUCCAUGAAAUAGCGUACCAGUACGGGAAGAAUGUCGGCAUCGCCUUUCAGCUGGUGGACGAUGUGUUGGACUUCACGUCGGGCGCCGAGCAGCUGGGGAAACCAGCAGCCGCCGACCUGAAACUGGGUCUGGCAACCGGGCCAGUUCUGUUCGCUUGUCAGCAGUUUCCUGAGCUUCACGCCAUGAUCAUGCGACGCUUCAGCUCCAAAGGAGACGUAGAUCGUGCCUGGCAGUACGUCCUCCAGAGUGACGGCGUACAGCAGACUACUUACUUGGCGCGGCGAUACUGCGAGGAAGCCAUCCGACAGAUCAGCCGUCUCCGGCCGUCUCCGGAGAGGGACGCCCUCAUCCGGCUCACGGAGAUCGUCCUCAGCAGGGACAAGUGACGCUCCCGCAGGGCGGCCAUCUCUCUUUUCAGGCAGCUAAAUGUACAACAAACUUGCCCUGCUGCCAUGUGGGACAAAAACAUUGAUGGAGGUUGGAUUGGAGCGAUUUGUUGGCUCGCAACGUCUAAAAUAUGUACAAAGUUAAGAGUCACUUUAUCUGUGGUGGAGAGGGCAAGUGAUUUGUGGAGGCGAUGUCAGAGGAAAAGUGCACCUCAGACUUAAACCUUCGUCUUGUACUGUAACCAACGGCCUCACACGCCUCAAAGAAGUACGUUUGAGCCGCGGAGGAUGCUGGGGGAAAAAAAAUCUUUAAUUCCAAAACGUGAUGGAAUCGUCGUCAUUGUCUGGAUGCGACAUCUUCGGAUCCGUCCAAACCUCAAAGGCCAAACUGUGUCUGUAUGCGUGUUUUACACUCUGAACUUUUCUUAAGUGUCCUGUAACAACAUAAGGCCUUACCACGGCAAUGACAGUGUCUCAAUAAACCAACUGCUUACGUUU